AAACAAUGCUUCUCUCCACCCUCCUAAAAUAAUCAGGGGACUCCAAGAAGUCUGUGUUCAUGGCUGGGAGUUCAGUCGCAGCCUUUAGUAACCACCACGAACACUGGAAUAUUCAUACAGCAUAUUCAUAUCUGUAACAGCAGCAGCAAACCCCGUGCCAAGGGCUCAGCUGGGAUGAAGACUGCUCUUCACCGCUGCGUCGUCUUCUCCCCAGCUCUGUUGCAUGACUGAGCUGAUAAUGCGCUAUCAGAGCGCAAAGGACACUAUAUAGAGGGGCUCCCCUCUCCACCCUCAGCAACUCUGUGCUCAUUCUGGAUCAUCUUGGUUUCACUGUAACUGCUUCUACUUGGUUUGCUGUCACCAGAAGGAGUUCUUUGAGUUCUUCCCCAAAAGGACCCUGUACUCCACCCACAGGACUGCACUGUAAAGAGGUUUUUUGAGUUCUUUUCUUCAGAACGAUGAAUGGUCCAGCAGAUUCCUCCAGCCUACUCUUCAACUGCUCAAAUCAACCAAACUUCUCCUUGGAAACAUCAGAGCAAUGUGGCAAAGAGACACACCUCGAGAACAUCCUUUUUGCUACUUUCUACUUCCUGGAUUUCAUCCUGGCUUUUGUUGGCAACGCCCUGGCUCUUUGGCUCUUCAUUCGAGACCAAAAGUCAGGCACACCUGCCAACAUUUUCCUGAUGCACCUCGCUGUGGCAGACCUGUCCUUCGUGCUGGUCCUUCCCACCAGGCUGGUGUACCAUUUUUCUGGUAAUCACUGGCCAUUUGGUGAGAUCCCAUGCAGGCUCACUGGUUUCCUAUUUUACCUCAACAUGUACGCCAGUAUCUACUUCCUCAUGUGCAUCAGUGUUGACCGUUUCCUAGCCAUCGUGCACCCUGUGAAGUCCAUCAAGCUCCGCAGGUCCCUUUAUGCCCAUGUGGCAUGUGCCUUCCUGUGGGUUGUAGUCGGGGUUGCAAUGGCACCUCUGCUGCUCAGCGUCCAGACAGUCGAGGUGAACAACACAACCGUCUGCUUGCAGCUCUACCGAGAAAAGGCAUCACGUCAUGCCCUUGUAUCCUUAGCAGUGGCAUUCACCUUCCCAUUCGUUACCACAGUGACUUGCUACUUAUUAAUCAUCCGAAGCCUGAAGAGUGGGAACAGAGUUGAGAAACACCUGAAGGAAAAGGCUAUCAAAAUGAUCAUCAUGGUCUUGAUGAUCUUUCUGAUUUGCUUUGUACCUUAUCAUGUCAAUCGUUAUAUUUAUAUUCUCCAUUACAACGGGACCAAAACUUCCUGUGAGACACAGCGUGCUCUCGCCCUCAGUAACCGCAUCACUUCCUGCCUCACGAGUCUAAAUGGUGCCUUUGACCCUGUCAUGUAUUUUUUUGUAGCUGAGAAAUUCCGUGAGGCUUUGUGCAAUCUGUUUUGUGUUAAAAAGACUGUGAUGUUGUCGCAAGCGUACGAGGGUAAGACAAAUGAAAGCUCACUAAGCGCUAAAUCUGAACUGUGAAUGUGACUCUUGCCACUGCUUUGGCUUAAGAACGCUCUAUUCCACCCAAAUCAGCUGAAAGGGCGAAUAUGCACUCAGAGUCAAACUCACGGCCAAGGAGAGAAGUUCUGUCAUUUCUAUGGGACUGCCAUUAGCAAGAAUCCCUCUGACAACAGAGAUGACAUGUUCUUGUCUUACUGAAACUGCAAACAGUACAGUUCUCAUUUCCAAGAUGCACAACUGAGGGCUGAACACUUAGGAAUAGAGAAGGAAGCCAUGCAGCUAUUAAAUGGACUUGUUUUUCAAAACAACAACUUAAUUCUCAAAGCAUUCAGUUACGACUCUUCCUCUGCACAUACUGAGCCGGCAGCACAGACCCACUCCUGAGCCAGACCUGCCUGAUGGCAAGACAGCACAUCUGCUCGUCCUGUUCACAUCUCCGAGUUCAAAGUGUUCAUACAUUGUAGACAGAAAACAGUGUCAAGGAAAAAAAGACCAAAAUGCUGCAAUGCACCCAACCUGCAAAAUCUGCUAUUUUCGUACUUCUACCCAGCACUCAGAGCUGGAGAUGAGCACUAAACCUCACAUCACCUUUUCUAUCUGCCUCUGCCAUGGUCUCAAAGCUGCAGACAAGAGGCUGGACAAUAUUUACUGCGCUGCCUCUUUCACACAGUUCUCUGCAAAACAUCAGCUAUCCCAGUAGCUCUCAACCUAAAGAAUAGAAAACGACUGUUUAGGAAUACAAUGUUCAUCUUUACUAUAUUCCAAAUCACAAUAUCACCAAUAACAAAAGUGAAGUACAGUAAGCAUAGGAAGUAAAGUCUACUUUGCCCAGAAGAGAUUCCCGUCUUUAAGGUGUUUUACAAUUAUUCUUUGUGACUUAUCUAGCUAGAAUAUUUCUUCACUAUGGGUUAAGUAGGGAUUAUCUUAACUACUCUCAGUGAUAUAAACUGCAUCCACUGGAAUAUGUCUGGAAAUGACAGGCAGACUAGGGAAGACCAGGUAUAGUGAGAAGCUGGGAAAAAGAACGCAAUACUAAGUAAUAUUUACUAGGAACCUGUCUCUACACUAUGGAGAUAAAUCAUGUGACAGGUGAAUUCUAUUUUUCACAUCCAGAUACAUACACACACACAUAUCCUUUUUCUGUGCUUUUGGGAAUAAGCUCCUUACCAGUUUAGAUCUGGUCCACAAAUUAUGAAAUCAAAGACUUUAUCUUGCUUGAAUUGCUUUGAUCCUGACUGCUCUCCCAAAAUACCUUAGGUGAUAUCACCUAGCUUCUAACAAGCUUAGUUGUCAAAAGAAAAUCAAUUAGCUCAACUCCAAAAAACUAAAGCACAGAACUUGCAUGGAGGAUGGAAAAGAAGAGAGAGUUGAGAGCAAUCCCUGCUGGACAGGGUGCAAAUAUAUAACCUUUCCUUCUCUUCUUCACCACUCUGUUAGUGAGAAUAUAAACUCUAGGAAACUACUAGGCUUUGCUCAAGACAGCCUGAAAUGACCUAUGAAUGGUGCAACACUCCUCUAACUGCUAGAUUUCUUUAUUUUCUUAUUAUUCUGUGCUUUUGUACAAGUUCCCUUCUAUGUUUUUAUUUCUUACUUGUUAAUUAAAUGCAUUAAUCAA